CGGAAGUUGAUGUUGCUGUUGAGUCACCCCGUAACCGCUGCUGGUAACAGGGUGAGAUGGGCGCCUGCGGCUCCGAAUAGCGAACAGCAGCGAGCGGAGAGAAUAAGCGCGAGUCGGGCCGCUGCAGCUCCUAAACCCGGUCGGUCAGCGCGGUGUGAGAAAGAGACGGGCUGCGGGCAGGAUGAUGGAGGAAAUCGACAGGUUUCAGGUGCCGGCGGGGAACUCGGAGACGCAGCCGCUGCAGGACCCAGCAGCGACGUCCACAUCGGAGCCUGACGCAGACACGAGAGAGGCCGAGACCACGGCUAUCAACUACAAACCCUCCCCACUGCAAGUAAAGAUUGAGAAACAGAGAGAGCUGGCCAGGAAGGGCUCAGCGAAGAACGGAACGGUGGGAAGCCCCGUCAAUCAGCAACCCAAGAAAAACAAUGUAAUGGCCAGAACACGGUUGGUUGUUCCUAAUAAAGGCUACUCAUCUUUAGACCAGAGUCCUGACGAGAAGCCCCUGGUAGCACUGGAUACAGACAGUGACGACGACUUCGACAUGUCCAGAUACUCUUCAUCAGGAUACUCCUCAGCCGAGGUGAGAUCUCUCAGGGACCAGCAAAUCAACCAAGACUUAAACAUCCAGCUGCUGAAGGACGGGUACCGCCUGGAUGAAAUCCCUGACGAUGAGGACCUAGACCUCAUUCCCCCCAAAUCAGUCAACCCCACCUGCAUGUGCUGCCAAGCCUCCUCCUCUACAGCCUGUCAGAUCCAGUAGCCCUGUAUACACCCCCCUCCCAACCCUUUCCCAUUAACCCCCCUUCCCCCUGCCUUCUUUUCCAGAACCCCCCACCCACCCACCCUCCCUCCUCUGUACCGUGAGUACAGUGCUACACUUUUAACCCCCCCGAUAGAAUAACUACUAAAGAAUUUAAACUCGUGAGAAUGGUUAUAUUAAAACUAAUAUAUAGGAGAAAAUAUCUGAAGGAAAUGCACAAAAAGUACAGUAAAAGUAAAUGGUUCCUCCUAUGGUAGGACGUGAGAGUCUUUAUAUCACCACCAGAGGUUGCUAGGCUUAGGUGUGCAUAUGUAUAGAGUGUUGUGAGAUGAAAAAUGAAAAGAAAAAAACAAGUGCACAGUUUAAAAAAACUAAAAAUUAAAAGCAGAAACUAGCUAUGAUAAAUUUGAGAAACAUUUCACAUGAACAGUUCUUCAGUGUUUUACUCUAAAAGCUCCGCUCAUUAAUUCGGUUUCAACUUAUUGUUUUUAUUUUAGUGUACUAUGGUGCUUUUCUACUCCACGGUACCUACUCUACUCAACUCUACUUUACUAUACUCGCAUUUUUGAUAUUUCCUAGUGUUUAGUUAGAUGUUAAUACCACGACUUCCCCCGAAAUAUAACUUCUCUAGUGCCUGAUGAGCACCAGAUGCUAAGAAGAGAGCAGCAGAUGAUGUGUGGUAAGCACCAGAUUCCACAUAGUAAGCACUACCUUCUGUGUGGUGAGCACCAAAAGCUAUGUGGUGAGCAACAGAUACUAUGUAGUGAGAACCACACGGUAAAUGGUGAGCACCAGAUGCUAUGUGGUAAGCACCAUAUACUAAGAAACAAAUACUGUGUGGUAAGCAUCACACACGUUUUGGUGAGCACAAGGAACUAGGAGGUGAGCACCAAAUACUGUGUGGUGAGCACCAGAUAGUAUGUAGUGAGCUUCACAUUCUAAGUAUUGUAAACUCAGUGGGGAGCAGCACAUAAUAUAUGGUAAGCACGAGAUACUAUGUGGUGAGCUCUGCAUACUAAGCACCACAUACUUAGUGGUGAGCACCAUACACUAAGUGGUUAGUACCAUAUGCUGUGUGGUGAGCAACAUAUACUGUGUAGUGAGCACCAUACACUAAAUGGUGAGCACCAUAUACUUAAGUUGUGAACAACAGAUACUAUGUAGUAAACACCAUAUGCUAAAUGGUAAGCACCAUACACUAAGUGGUCAGCACCAUAUGCUGUGUGGUGAGCAACAGAUACUGUGUAGUGAGCACCAUACGCUAAGUGGUGAGCACCCUACGCUAAGUGGCGAGCACCAUACGCUAAGUGGCGAGCACCAUACGCUAAGUGGCGAGCACCAUACGCUAAGUGGCGAGCACAAUACGCUAAGUGGUGAGCACCCUACGCUAUGUGAGCAACAGAUACUGUGCAGUGAGCACCAUGCGCUGAGUAGGGAGCACCACACACUAAAUGGUAAGCACCAUACGCUAAGUGGUGAGCACCAUACGCUAAGUGGUGAGCACCAUACACUAAGUGGUCAUCACCAUAUACUGUGUGGUCAGCAACAGAUACUGUGUAGUGAGCACCUCAUGUUGUGUAGUGAGCAACAGAUACUGUGUGGUGAGCCCCAUACGCUAAGUGGUGAGCACCAUACGCUAAGUGGUGAGCACAAUUUGCUAAGUGGUAAGCACCCUAAGCUAUGUGAGCAACAGAUACUGUGCAGUGAGCACCAUGCGCUGAGUAGGGAGCACCACACACUAAAUGGUAAGCACCAUACGCUAAGUGGUGAGCACCAUACGCUAAGUGGUGAGCCAUAUACUGUGUGGUGAGCACCAUACACUAAGUGGUCAUCAGCAUAUGCUGUGUGGUCAGCAACAGAUAUUGUGUAGUGAGCACCGUACGCUAAAUCGUGAGCUCCAUAUUCUAAGUGGUGAGCACCAUGCACUAAGCAGUGAGCACCACAAAACAUUAGUAUCUUGUGAGCACCACUUUGUUUUUACCUGAAAAAAACACCCAUGUCCUAUCUUCAGGGGCUUCAUAUGUUCUAAGUUUGCAUGAUGGAAAACCAAAAAAAAAAAAAGUCUAGUAGAGUUGAGCUGAGUAUUGUAGGCACCAUGUAGUGUAAAGCGGCUAUAGUGCACAGAGUUGCUCAGCUAGGCCUGAACAAAGGGAAAGUUUGAAUUGUAUUAAAUGGGAAAGGGAACUGCCCUCUUUAUGUGGCUAAUGGGAAUUCUGGUCAAAUUCUUAAACUAUUUCAUAUCAAACCAGUUAAAAUAUGAAUGGUAUUAUCAGUGUAAUGUAGCUGAUCAUCAGUUUUUGGUAUCUGGUCUGAGACAUUUUUGACUGUUUGCCAUUGAUUAAAUGGCAGAGCUUGAAAUGAUCCUUUUAAGAACGGAAAGGUAAUAAAUAUAAUAAGGGAUUAUUAAUCAUUUUUAAUUGACUGAGGAUGACUGGGAUCUGAUAUGACUGACAGCUUUUAGUUUUUUAUUUUUCUUUUUUUUUUGUAAUUAUUUUUAUCUGCUGCUUCUGUGGUUUCUUACAUAAAUAUCAGUUUACUACGAGUUUUGACGUGAAAUUAAGGCAGCGUUAACAGAUCGCCUGUCUCUAACUCCCACUACACUUUUGACUGUUUGUCUGCUAUGAUGAUAAUUAUCAAACUAUGAUGAGUUGGAUUUUCAUGUCUCUGUUAGGAGGCAUUAAUAACACUAUGCUCACUGUGUUUUAUUGUGCGACAUGUCAUAUAAUCGACAUAGCUGCUGACGCCAUACAUAUCGUAUAUUUAUCUUUCUGUGGAAUGACUAAACUGUUGUUGGUUCCUGUUUGACUUUUUUAAAUUUGUGCCAAAAGCAAAUUAUAGUAGGAACCCAUAAUAUUAAUAUGUGGUGGUAGUUAUUAGUGAUGCCACUAUAAUAUAUGUUCACUGCUUUAGUGCUGCUCUAUAUACAACCAGACCUGUACUGAAAAAAGGGCUAAAGAAAAGUGCAAGGUUUAUCAGAUAUGUAUGAUCCAUGAUUUGCAAAAUGCUGCAGCAUUGCAUAAAGUUACCUCAUGCUGCAGUUCCUCAUACAACCAGUAGGUGGCAAUACCUUACUUAUGUCAGCAGAAAUUAAAAUGCCCCUAUUAAAGCCAGUGUAGAAAUCUACUCUGAGCACUGAUGAAAAUGUCUGUUUAUUUUUACCUUAUCUGACUUGAGUUCACAUAUUUGGAGAAUAUGUAGAAGUAGAGUGAAGACGUUAAAACCCACUAACUGGAUACCCCUCUCAAGGGUACAUUAGUCAUCCUAAUACAGUAAGUAAAAGCGCACAGCAAAGAGGAAACAUCAACGGCACUGUGCUAAAAUCCUACUGAAAGACAGUUGUUGUUGGCCCCAAAACCACAAAUCGUUCCAACUCAAGCAUUUAUUAAUCUGAUUGUGGCCAAAGACAAGUAAAGAGUUUCAAUCUCAAUAGACUGUGAUCUGGACUAUAACAGUGUGAACUGAAAGAUAUGCCUGUUAAACAGUAUUAUUCAUUUUUCUCUAGUUUUAAACUCCUUAAAAAUAAAAAAUAAAAGUUCCUGCUGCCGCUUACUCUCCACAAAAAUGAUUUUAGAUUUUUCUACAUAUGAUGUAUAUGAUGUCCCGCUUCUGUGCAUGAAGCUUAAAUAUAUCUCCACAUUGCUAGGAGCUAUGACGAGACCUGUAAGUCCUGUAAUGCAGACCUCUGCUUCAGAAUAAUCAUUAUUUUAUUCUAUAUUCCACCCACUGCCACAUUUCUCUUUCUGCUGCCAUUGCUUAUUAGAUAGAAUGUCUCUUCUUAACUUAUUAAUAAUUGACACUAGUUAAGACAUGACUAGUCAUUACAAAAAUGAAAUCUCUCAUUUCAUUAUUAAGUAACAGUAUUUUUUUACAUUUUGUCUAGCAUUAACAUUUUGUCAUCUUUAAUAACGUCUUAACUAGGGCUGCGCGAUACAUCGUUUAAGCAUCGCCUUCGCGAUGUGCGCAUGUAAAAUAGUCCCAUCGCAGGACGUAAAUUGAAACACUUCAUGUUGCAAUGUUUUGAUUCUCGACACAAGAAGUAGAUACACAGCGCUGUCUCUGUGUCUGUGUGAGUGACAGGCUGCUGCUGCCUGAGAAGCAUGAGGGGGAGGGGGAGCGCAUGGCCUCCAUCCACAUGGUUGGGCAUGUGCUUGUAAAUGUGAGCACGUGUGGAAAGAUGUGCACCUCAGUCCAGCACAGUUUUGCAGUGCAGAUAUUUCCAGUUACAGCUGAAUUCACACUUUUAAUUCCAGAAAAACGCUCAGUAAAAACCCAUUUAAAUGCCUGACUAAAGAGCUAAUUACUGUUUUUUUUUUUGCUGGUUUUGAGUGCUCAGCACUGACUAAGCUCUUGCUCGGUCUGGGUGGUAGACACUGUGCGGGUGGGGUGGGGCUGGUGACGCCAUGGGCCCAGCAUUGUAAUUUGUUUUGCAUUUGCAAUGUAUUUUUUUUUUCAGCAUCGUGCAGCCCUAGUCUUAACUAGUUUCAAUUGAUAAUUAGUUGAGACAUCACUUAACCAUUUACUGCCAUAAGGACUGUUAAUUGAUGUACCCUUAUUGUAAAAUGUUACCCAAAUUUUUUAAUUUUUAUUUAUUUAUUUAUUUUUUAAGAAAAGUGUACACUACUAUAGACGAAUGUACAAAGUGAAGUUGUAUGUAAGCACACUAACUAGGGGUAAGAAUCACAGGGCAUCUGAUGAAACGAAAUUAUCACGAUACUGUCAAUCUGUGAUAGUCGAUAAAUAUCUCAAGAAAAAUAUCGCUAUGAUACUUCACAACAUCUUUGUUACUGGCGAUAAAAUACCAGGAAAGAUGGAUUUAUUUGUCAGUUUCACAGAAUAUAAUAAUCAAUAUUCUUCACCAAAGGUUUACCCUAUUCAUUUGAUUAGCGCCACCAUGUGGAGUAAUGAAGCAGUAACUUUAGUAUAGUUAGUAUAGUUAUGAGUCAAAUUGGGGAUCAAGUCUUAGAGGGUUAAGAGUGACUGUAGCCCUAUCCGGUUGGGAUUAGUUUCUUAGGGGGUUCUGGGGUAAUUUUCUCUUUUAUGGGGGGUCCUCUGUGAUUUUAUUACUAUCCAGAACGACCACGUAUGUGUUUUUCUCAGACAUCCUUUGAGAAAAUUACAGGCUGAAUUAUCUACUGUUUUUUGCUAACCUUCAUGGUCCUCCAGUAAUUUUAUUCAUCUCCUCGUGUUUAAUAAAAUAGCUAUUGGUCCACUGCCAUGCACAGUAAUUACACUUUGGGCGUGCUAUUUCCAUGGAGAUCCACGUAAUCACAACAGCAAGUGGAAAUGGAGGAGCUACUGAACUCAAUGUCUCUAACAAGUAAACCUAAAAACUCAUUGGUCCUCCUGUUUUUUUUUUCUUCUUCAAUUGCAGUCCAGAUGCAAGAGUUUUAUCACUGAGUAGUAAAAGUGUGUAAUAUUUUUCACGGACGUCCCCCUGAGAAACUUAUCCUGUCUGGAUAGGGCCUAUGUUUCUAGAAAAAUAUCAAUAUUAGACCCCACAUAUCGAUAAUGUGUAGCAAACGAGAAUAUAUAGUAUAGUAUACUAUAAAGUAUACAAUAUAUCGCAAAAUCAAUAUUUCAUCCCACCCCUAGUACUAACCAGUUCUAUUUUCCUUUUUUUUAUUUUCUUUUUUAUUAUUACUUUUUGUACUGUUAAACUACAGUACUAAUGGCGUCAAGCAGAGUGUAUGAGAGCUGCAGAGAGUUUUACAGAUAAAACCUUCGAGGUCUGACUGUGCUGUGUUUUGUCUGAUCGUAGAGGGGCUUAAAAGGGGCUUAUAAGCGCAGUGUUAUCUCUGGUGUGUCUUAUGUAGGAUCCCCUCUGGCCAAAGCCCAAGACUGUCAGUUCAGCAGGUUUGCAUGGUUUACUCAAUGACUGUACACAGCAUUCACACUGUGGUUCCAUUAUUCUACAUUCGGUACAACUUUAAAAUAAGACUACCUUUAUAAAGGGUUAUAAAUGGUUUACAAUUAGUUUAUUAAUGGUUACUAAUUAGGAUGUAAAUGCCUUAAAAGCAUUAAUAAUCAGUUAUAACACAUUUGUAGAAAGGGCAACAAUGACCUGUUGUUUGCCAAAUAGUGAAGCCUCAGCCGUCUAUUGUGUCAUAACUGAUUAUUAAUUAUUUUUAGGCAUUUACAUCCUAAUUAGUAACCAUUAAUAAACUAAUUGUAAACCAUUUAUAAACCCUUUAUAAAGGUAGUCUUAUUUUAAAGUGGUGCCCUACAAUCUAUAGAAAUAAAGCCAAAACAUAUAUGCCAUUAUGUUGUUAUGCCAUGAUGAUGCCACCAAGAACAAGGCUACGUUCACAUUACCAGGCUAAAGUGAUUCAAAUCAGAUUUUUUGCUCAAUGUGGCUCAGACCUGAUUUUUUCAUGACUGUGUGAACGUGUCAAAUCAGUUUUUUUUUUUUUUCAAAUCAGAUUUGAGUCACUUUCAUAUGUAGUCCUAAAUCAGAUACGUAUUCAAUCCAUGGACAUGUGACAUGAAUGUGAACGAUAGAAUCAGAAUUGAUGCAUCUUUUUGGUUUCACACUUUUACGCAUUAGCAUUAGUGCUACGUGCUUCUCUCUCGUACCCACACAUCUUUUCGUGCAUCUGUGCAUCUAUAGCUGCAAAAAAAAAAAAAAAAAAACAGCAAAAGCAAACCGCCUGGCCUUUUUUCACCUCCUCGACCUGAGCAUAAACUUCAGACCAGCUGUUUACUGUUUCUCCACUCCAGCAAAAGAUGCUCCACAUAUGAGCUGCUAACAAACUCAUCCAUCCAAAGCUACGAGUCUCUCGUCUCUCUAAUAUAAGGCUUUUUGUUGUUGGUAAAGAAGGUGACGUUUAUACAUGUGUCAAUGUGCAGCAUGUAAGACGUUUCAGGGACAGAUUCGUUCACAUCACACACAGAUACAGAUCUCUUACAUUUAUGAAUGUGAACCAUCAAGAUCUGAGCAAAAAAUCGGAUUUGAGCAAUGUGAACUAGUUCAAGUUCAGUUCAUACAUGCUCAAAGUGAACAGUUCACGUUCAAAGUUCACAAUUUUAAUUCUGAACUAGUUCAAAGUUCAGUUCAUUUUACUUUUUUCGGGAGAUAUUCAAAUAAAUACUUUUUUUCACACUACAAGCUAGAAAUCACCAAAAGUUCUUUAAACUGCUCAUUGUAGAUAUUUGCUCAUGACACUGCAAUUGUGGGUUUCAUACCAGGUGAUGAAAAUGUUCAUAAUGAGAAUCAGUGUCUGUCUCCAUGCAUCACUUCCACUAGCCAUUUUUUUUUAUUGCUGCGCUUUCUCUCACUCCCAACACUGGUCUCUCUCUCUCUCUCUCUCUCUCUCUCUCUCUCUCUCUCUCUCUCUCUCUCUCUCUCUCUCUCUAUAUAUAUAUAUAUAUAUAUAUAUAUAUAUAUAUAUCUCCCUCGCACUCCACGCUCACUCUCUCUCUCGCGCUCCAUGCUCUCUUCCUCUCUCUCUCUCGCACUCGCUCUCCACGCUCACUCUCUCUCUCUCUCUUGCCCUUGUGCUCCGCUCUCUCUCUCUCGCCCUCGCUCUCCACGCUCACUCUCUCUCUCUCUCGCCCUUGCGCUCCGCGCUCUCUCUCUCUUUCUCUCUCUCUCUCUCUCUCUCGCCCUCGUGCUCCGCGCUCUCUAGCCAUUGUUUAUUUACAGUGAUGUCUGCUGUUCAUAACACAUAAUGUGCACUAAUUCAUGUUCAAGUUCUUUAUUUUAAGAUGUGUUGCGUUCAGUUCAACGUUCACAAAAAAAAAUGAGCGCGUUCUUUUGAACUUGUUCACGCACAACACUGGUAGCUUGUAAUGUGAACGUAGCCCAGGAGUCUCAGGCAGCCUUCAUUGAGUUUACAUUUCAGCCUAAAGGACUAGGAACUGUUUGCCAAUUUUUGCAAUUUUCUGAAUAAUCAGUAUGUCCAGCACUAAAACAAGAUCAGUUCAUAUAUUUCAAUAUUAUUUAUUUUACUUCAAUUAUGGAUGUACAGAAUGUAUUAUUAGUAUAAUGACAAGUUGAAUGAAAUCUGAUAAAUCCCUGUAUUUAAUCACAGUGAUAUCACAGAACAGCAAAACAGCCAAACCUUAAAACAUUGCAAUGUCAGUUUUUUCCCCCCAAUAUCGUGCAGCCAUAGUACAAGUUUACUCCUACAGUUUCCAUGCAGCAAUGUUGUUUAUUUUUUUCAAUUUUGUUUUUUGUUUUUGUAUUAUUAAUAUUAUUGUAAUGUUUUCCAUCUUUUUUCUUUAAGCAUUAACAAGCUAAGAACUAAAAACUUGUUCUCAAGCAGAUUAAAUGAGCAAUUUAGGCUAUUUAACAUUGUAACUGGAGACACAACACACACAGGCACACACACUCUCUCUCUCUCUCACAACAAUACAGCUACAAUUUUUGUGUAUGAUUAUUGUUUUUGCCAUUUUUUAAAAUCUUUUCUGUAUUCAUUUGUUAAUAAACUACGUAGCAAUGCUGAGAUAUAUAUAUAUACAAUGAAUGUCAAAUGUUUAAAGCUCCCUCUUACACCUUUUCUCUCAUUCAGCCAAUUUAAAGGGAUUAUCUGAAGGGAUUUUACUAUUUUAUUGUAUUUUUUUUUUUAGCACUGACAGAGCAUGAAAAAAAUCCUAAACCUGAAUAUUUGAUCCGUUAGAUCGACCGCCCUCUGCUUUCCAUGGUUUUCCUGCUUUUGAGUGUUGAGAUUUUAAUUGUUCUGAUUUUUUUUUUUAAAUGUGAGCCGUUAACCAUUUUCUCCUCCUCUUCUCCCGGUCUGCUGUGUUAGAGUAUGCCUUAAGUCAAGCUCUGUAGUACAACAACAUCUUAUUAUUUAUUGUAGUGGGUUGUUUAUUAUAAUUUAUUUCAACAGAUUGGAAAAUAUGUGUUUUUUUUAACAUAGAAAUACGUUUCAUUUCCUUUUUUUUUUUUUUUUUCCUCUUUUAGAUUUUUUGUUUAUUAUUUCACUGAUAAAUAUCAUGAUUGUAAAGAUGUGAACAGUUUCCAUACCAGUAUUUAACAAUGUUACUGUUGUUGUGUAGCAUAUCAAUAAAUACAUCUGGCACAUA